CUAUCUCUCCCUAUAUCUUUUCUCCGCCGUUUUGAAACCCUAUCGCUAUAUGUGACUCUGCACAUUCGCCACUGGCAGUGACGGUGGCGCACGAUAAAAUCGUCUUUCGCCUUUUCGAUUCACCAGAUCCCGAUAAUCGGGAGCCGAUUCUUGUGAGUUUUCAAUAUGACGUCGUUCUUGAAGCCUGAGAAUGCUCUUAAAAGAGCGGAAGAAUUAAUCAAUGUUGGGCAGAAGCAGGAUGCUUUGCAGACACUUCAUGACCUCAUUACUUCGAAGAGAUACAGAGCAUGGCAGAAGACACUUGAAAGGAUUAUGUUCAAGUAUGUAGAACUGUGUGUAGACAUGCGCAAAGGACGGUUUGCAAAAGAUGGGCUCAUUCAGUACAGGAUCAUAUGUCAGCAAGUGAAUGUUAGUUCGCUGGAAGAGGUUAUCAAGCAUUUCAUGCACCUUUCAACUGAAAAGGCUGAACAAGCUCGUAGCCAGGCUCAGGCGUUAGAAGAAGCCCUUGAUGUUGAUGAUUUAGAGGCAGAUAAAAGGCCAGAGGACCUCAUGUUGAGCUAUGUCAGUGGUGAGAAAGGAAAAGACAGAUCUGAUAGGGAGCUUGUCACUCCAUGGUUUAAAUUUCUUUGGGAAACAUACAGAACAGUGCUUGAAAUAUUGCGGAACAACUCAAAACUGGAAGCCUUAUAUGCUAUGACAGCUCACCGAGCUUUCCAGUUCUGUAAGCAAUAUAAACGAACAACAGAGUUCCGCAGACUGUGUGAAAUCAUAAGAAACCAUUUGGCCAAUCUGAAUAAAUACCGUGACCAACGAGAUCGUCCUGAUCUUUCAGCUCCUGAAAGCUUGCAGCUAUAUCUUGAUACAAGAUUUGAGCAGCUGAAAAUUGCCACUGAACUUGAACUCUGGCAGGAAGCCUUCAGAUCAGUGGAGGAUAUACAUGGACUGAUGUGCAUGGUCAAGAAAACGCCCAAACCAUCUUUGAUGGUUGUCUACUAUGUGAAGCUGACAGAAAUAUUUUGGAUCUCAUCCAGUCAUCUUUAUCAUGCAUAUGCAUGGUUCAGGCUCUUUUUGUUACAAAAAAGCUUCAAUAAGAAUCUGAGUCAGAAGGAUUUGCAAUUAAUAGCUUCAUCUGUUGUUCUGGCUGCACUUUCAGUGCCUCCUCAUGAUCGCACCUAUGGUGCAUCUCAUUUGGAACUGGAGCAUGAAAAAGAGAGAAAUUUGAGGAUGGCUAAUCUUAUUGGCUUUAAUCUUGAAACUAAACCUGAAAGCAGAGAAAUGCUCUCAAGGUCAUCACUUCUUGCUGAACUGGCAUCGAAGGGGGUGAUGUCUUGUGUAACUCAGGAAGUGAAGGACAUUUAUCAUCUUUUGGAACAUGAAUUUUAUCCCUCAGAUCUUGCAUUAAAAGCGCUGCCCUUGUUAACUAAAAUCUCAAAGUUAGGAGGCAAGCUUUCUUCUGCUUCAUCUGUUCCAGAGGUGCAAUUGUCUCAGUAUGUCCCAUCAUUGGAAAGGCUAGCUACCAUGAGGUUGCUGCAGCAGGUGUCUAAUGUGUACCAGACAAUGAAGAUUGAGACCUUAUCCGGAAUGAUUCCCUUCUUUGAUUUUUCUGUAGUGGAAAAGAUUUCUGUGGAUGCUGUUAAGCAGAAGUUUGUAUCAAUGAAAGUUGAUCACAUGAAAAAUGUUGUGAUUUUUUGCAAGACGAGUCUUGAGUCUGAUGGCUUAAGGGAUCACUUGGCCAAUUUUGCUGAACAAUUAAAUAAAGCAAGACAAAUGAUUUAUCCUCCUGAUAAGAAACCGUCAAAACUUGGAGCUUUACUUCCAACUUUGACAGAAGUUGUGGCCAAAGAACACAAGAGGCUUCUUGCUAGAAAAUCAAUCAUUGAGAAGAGGAAAGAAGAACAAGAACGACAGCUUCUUGAAAUGGAACGGGAGGAGGAGUCAAAAAGGCUAAGACUCCAGAAAAUAACUGAAGAAGCCGAACAAAGACGGCUUGCCACUGAGUAUGAGCAGAGGAAAAAUCAGAGGAUUCUCAGGGAGAUAGAGGAAAGAGAAAAUGAAGAAGCUCAAGCUUUACUCCAGGAAGCUGAAAAGCGUAUCAAAAAGAAGGGGAAAAAGCCAAUCAUUGAGGGGGAAAAAAUUACCAAACAGACCUUGAUGGAGUUGACUUUAACUGAACAACUCCGCGAAAGGCAGGAAAUGGAAAAGAAACUGCAGAAGUUAGCAAAAACCAUGGAUUAUUUGGAAAGGGCAAAAAGAGAAGAGGCUGCUCCGCUGAUUGAAGCUGCAUAUCAACAGCGUCUAGUGGAAGAGAGACUUCUUCAUGAGCGUGAGCAACAGCAAGAGGUUGAAGUGAGCAAACAAAGGCACGAGGGAGAUCUCAAGGAGAAGGAGAGGCUUAUUCGAAUGAUGGGCAAUAAGGAGAUAUAUCAAGAGAGAGUUGUGAGUCACCGGCAAGCAGAGUUUGACAGAUUGAGAAGAGAACGAGAGGAGAGAAUCUCUAGGAUUUUACAGUCCAGGAGACAGGAGAGGGAAAAAAUGAGGAAGUUUAAGUAUUAUCUCAAGUUAGAAGAAGAGAGACAACAAAAAUUGCGUGAGGAGGAGGAAGCCCGGAAGCGGGAAGAGGCUGAAAGGAAAAAGAAGGAAGAGACCGAACGCUUAGCAAAAUUGGCUGAGAUAGCUGAAAAACAGAGGCAAAGAGAGAGGGAACUUGAGGAAAAGGAGAGACAAAGGAGAGAAGCAUUGUUGGGCAGAGCUGCGGAACCAGCUCCUCCUGCCCGUCCAUUGGAAUCGGGAUCUGCUGCUGCUGCCGCCCCCGCUGCUGCUGCUGCUGCUGCCGCAGCUCCAAAUCCAGGGAAAUACGUCCCUAAGUUCAGGCGAGAGAGAACUGAAAGCACAGGAGCUGCUCCUCCCCCUGAAACAGACCGCUGGAGUAACAGCAGGCCAGAUGGUGGGUGGCGUGGUGAUGAUCGUAGAACCUCGUUUGGUUCUGGUGGGGGUUCAAGGUCAUCUUCUACUUGGUCAUCUUCUAGGAAUGCCCGUUGAUCAUUUUGUGCCCUUAUUUAUUGCUGGUGACUUUUGGGAGUUCUUUGUACUUUUCCCAGUUUAGGUUCCAGAAUUCUUUUUGAUGCCGAGUUCUUAAAUUUAUUAUCUUUUUAUUGCGCACGAAGUCCUCUGUUGGGUUGAGGAACAUGCCAAGAAAAUUUUCUAUUUAUGAUCGAGUGGAUUGCAUAUGGUAAUCGAAAUUUUAAUUUAGACGAGUACUUCCGACUUA